GACUUAUCUUGACGCGGUACGUUUGAAGUUUGCGUUACGAUAACUCUAUCAAAUAUAUAUUCAUUGUAUAUCGUUGAGUCCUAGUUUAUAACUCAUACAUAGCUUUAGAAUUCAUACUUUAAUCAAUAUGGGUCGAUUGUCAAAUAAACGAGCACGGAAAAGCCCUAACUCUUCAGAUAUUAACAAUUCUGUUAUUUCCUAUUCUUCUUGCUCCACUACUCCUUUUGUAUCUGAUAAUGUUGGGACUGGUCUUACACCACACGUGCUGCCGGAUGACUCUGUUUCUAAUUUAGUAAUGAGUUCCACCUCAAGAUAAAAAAGGAUCGAUGAUAUGAAGAGUGAAUUAAACACUCUGUUUAAGCAACUAAGCGACAUGCGUUCUAAAUUCGCGUCACUUUCUAGCUCUUUAUCAAAGCAUGAUGAUCUUAAGCAAGAACUAAAGACACUAUCACCCUUAAAACUGCUUUUGUCAAAAGACAUCGUUCCUGCGGAACUUGAUGACAUCAUAAAAGCAGAAUCUGUUAUCGAUUUUAUCGCUAGUGAAGUUACCAAGCGAAUAGUCUCUCGUAAUAACGUGAUUGUCUAUAAUAUACCUGACAAAGUCCCCAUUAAAACUGUAAGAAAUUCGAUAUUAAAACCAUCUAACCUCCAAGACAGUCCAUGCCAAUGCAUCCGACUUACUAAGAAGCACCAGAAAUACUCGUGCCCGGUCUUGUUCAGGUUUGAUUCUCAUAUAUUAGCUGGACAGUUAAAAGAAUCUGAGCGGCUGAUAUGCGCGCUUACGAAGUUUAGAAACGCUCGCAUAGUCUCAGAUAAGACCACCAAUCAAAGACUUACGCAAAAACGUACCGUGAACGAAAAUAAAGAUGUUGAGAUCAUAAAAAAUCACGAUGCAUCAGCUGCUGGAUCCACUGAUACUGAUACCCUAUCUCAUGUUCUCCAGUACUCUGAUCUGCCAACGAAGAGUGCUAACUUACCUAUUAUGCCUGUAGUGACAUCUGAUAACCAAUGUACAUCUACUGAUUACACUAAUCCGAUAGUAUCCAAUUUACCAUUAGAAGCCCAUAAGCAAAUACCUAGUCCUGAUGCGACGGCUCUUAAAAACACUGUCAAGAUUAAAAAGUCUAUGCCACGUAAGAAGAAUGUUUGUACAGAACCUUGGGGUUCUAGACCCAAUAAUAAAAGUAUUACGAUGGCCCUACUAAAUACAAAUAAGACUAUACUUCCCGACACCAUGCUUUACCCAACGUAUCGUAAGGGAGGAUAUAAGGUCAAACCUGGUUCAAAUGUCUCACAAGACGGCCACUUCAAUCAUUAUGUAAGUAGGCCUAAUACUGGACAGACCACAGUAAACCAACGAGCCUCACGAGUACCCUCAAACGUUUUAAAUGAUAAACCUGUGAGACGUAACCUCUCUCAACACUUUCCCAUUAGGCAAGAUGGAUUACUAGGUUACCCAACAUCAAACGUUUUAAAUAAUAUACCAGUAACACGUAACUUUUCUCAACACUUUCCCAUUGGGCAAGAUGGAUUACUGGGUUACUCACCAUCAACCCAACCUUGUCUUAACUGUCCGCCUAGUCAAGUUCAACAAAUUAAUCCGCUUUAUCAAAAUAAUGAUUUUUUUUGGCCUUCAGAAAUCCCUGGUCCCACUAGCACUACAGUUUGCUCAAGCGAUCGCCCAUGUGAUCAGUCAAACAUAAUCAACCACAGUCUAUGCAAAUCCAAAAUACACGACAUCAAUAGGGAAGCUCUCAGUUUUUUUACACUCCAUACGCCCUUUCUAAAUCUAUUACUUAUCAAUGCACGUUCACUUCUGAACAAAAUUUCAGCCUUGAGAACAUUAGCCUUUCUAUCCAAGCCUUCUUUCAUACUUAUCACUGAAACAUGGUGCUCUCAUGCAGUAUCUGAUUCAGAAUUAAAUAUCCAAAACUAUAGACUCUAUCGCUGUGACAGAGAAACUAAGCGAGGAGGUGGUUGUAUUAUACAUGCUUUGGAUAUCCUAACAACUAAUAGAGUUGAAGAUAGUGUCCUGAAUAGUUUACCAGAAUCAGUCUGGAUAUCUGUCAACACCCUGAAUCAUAGUCUACUCCUUGGAUGUAUAUACAGAGCUCCUGAGAGCUCAAAUAAUGGGAAUAAUCUUAUUAUCAAUGCAUUCAUACAUGCAUCUGCUCUUAACUUUAAUGCUAAGGUUAUCACUGGGGAUUUCAAUUAUCCUGGGAUUAACUGGAGUACCGGUAGCUGUCAGUCAUGUAAUGAGGAGUUCUCGACAACCAUUAACAUGCACUGUUGGUCACAGUGGGUUCGUACCCCAACUAGAGGUGAUAGUAUACUCGAUCUAAUAUUUAGUAGAGAUAUUAUCCCACUGUCUGUAAAAGUAUACGAUGAAUUUGAAAGCAGUGGCCAUAAGACAGUAGUAUGGGCUCUCCCUAUAUUUCCCUCUUCUAACCGACCCAUUCAAAAAACCUGUCAAUAUAGAGACUUUAAGCAUGCCGACUGGGACCUCCUGCAUUCACUGAUUAAACUUUCAGACUGGGAUAACUUUUUUUCAUGUACUAAUCUCAUAGAUGCUAUCGACGAAUUCUAUUUGAUCGUUAACUCUUGUUUAGAUUCUUGUGUACCUCUUAAAACGUACAGAUUUAUUAAACCUUACGAAUUAUAUAUACCAGCUAAAUAUCGUAAUAAUCUAAGACGCCUACAGAAUCGUCAUUUCAAGUCAAACGACUUCACGGCAGCUGCGCAAAUAACAAUAAUUUUUAAUCAAAUUAAAGAGACACAUAGGUUAAAAGCCAUUAAUGAGGAGUUACUAGCACUUAAUAGUAACUCAAAAGUACAAAACCAAACUCUACUUCUCAAUAAACGCGCUAAAGUAACUCAAAAUAUUGAUAUACCAUGCAUCCAGCAUAAUAACACUUUUAUAUACGACUCUAAAACUAUGGCAGACCUUUUCAGUGGUACUUUUGCGAAUGAUGUAGGAACCACAAGUGGCUCUGCUUCAAGAGUUACGUGCGUGACCAGCAACUCCAUAAAAUCUAUCUCCUUCACAUGUAAGAAAAUUAAUAUGGCUAUAAAUGCCCUUAAGCUUUCGCGCGGUCAUGGAGCAGACGGGAUUCCAUCCUUUCUCUACAAAUACGGUGGUCCAGAUAUUCCACUUCUUCUUCUAAAGCUGUUUACUCUCUCUAUGGAAACUGGUUCUUACGCUUACUGUUGGAAAACCGCGUACAUCAUACCACGUUAUAAAUCUGGAGAUAAGACUGACAUGAACAAUUAUCGGCCAAUAAAUAUUACUCCAGUAAUCUCUAGGAUUAUGGAGAAAAUUGUAAGUGAUGAACUUUCCAACUAUUUACUCGCUGGAAACUUUAUCAAUGAUACUCAACAUGGAUUUCUCAAAAAUCGAUCUUGCAUGACAUGUCAUUUUGACUUCUUUAAUUUAGUCUAUUCUCUACGUAGCCAAGGAUAUCUAGUCUUAGUGCUAUAUCUGGACAUUUCUAAGGCCUUUGACAUGGUUAACCACCAACUUCUUAUAGGCAAACUUGCAUCUUAUGGGGUUCAAAAUCCUUUGCUAGAUUGGAUUGAUUCAUUUCUCAGCAAUCGACAUCAAAUAGUUAAAAUUAACUCUUCAUUGUCUAACGCUGUUCCCGUUAGAAGUGGUGUAACACAAGGUAGUGUCUUAGGCCCUUUGCUCUUUUUAGUGUUUAUCAAUGACAUUUGUGAAAAUUUUUGUGUAGGUAAGCCCCUUCUAUAUGCAGAUGAUCUUAAACUAGUAUAUUCAUUUUCUCCACAUGAGCUGGAAAAUAUGCAAACUUGCAUUAACUUGGAGCUUAACAAGGUAGCACAGUGGUGCUUAAAAUGGCAACUGGAACUUAAUACGGCUAAAUGUGGAUGGAUAUGCUUCGGCGAUACAUCACUUAACCUAGACCUUACCAUAAAUGGAGAAAUGUUAUCUAGGUUACAUACAGUAGUAGACUUAGGACUUAGAUACUCCCAAGACUUAUCGCUUACAGAACAGAUAUCGAAACAGACCUCCAAGUCACAACGACUAGUAGGUUACAUAAUUCGAAACCUUCAUAACAAUGAAUCACGAAUUUUAGUGUACAAAGUUUGUGUUCGACCUCUUCUAGAAUAUUGCACGUUUAUUCUUAGCAGUGCGCGCAUAGAGGAUAAAUUAAGGCUGGAAUCAGUACAGAGACGAUUUACACUUCGUAUUCUUGGAGCUGAUUGUACCUUAACUUAUAAUUCUAGAUGUAAAAAACUAGAGCUAGACCCUUUAUGGAAGAGGAGACUCAAACUAAAUCUUUUUUUUUUUCUUCAAACUACUUAAUAAAUUAUCCUUUACAUCCAAUCAUGUAAUUCAAUAUGCAGAAACUCCUCAUUAUGAAACCCGUAAUUCCUUGGCACUUGUGAAACAAACUUAUUCUAAAUCAUCUCUUUAUAUGAAUUACUUUGCCUGUAAAUUUUCUAGACUCUGGAAUAACCUACCAGAACAUAUCCGUACGAUAAAAUCACUCCCAUUAUUUGUACGUUGCAUCGAUGCAUACUGCUCCUCCGAAAAUGCAUUGAAUGCCCUAGCACCUGCAAGUGUAUCUCACUCCACAAGUAUUAUUAUAGGAACUUUAAAUGUUUAGGCAUUUUUAUUAGUGCAUUCUCUGGAUAAAACCACCAACUUGCUAUCAUUUUAUGUUAAUAACGUCCCCAGCUAGUUUAACUAAUUUGAAUAUCAUCAACAGUAUAUCACUGUGUCACAUGACAUACGCAUUUUGAUAGAUCUGAUUGACAUAUUUCGGUAAUUACUUCUUUGUUGUUCCGUGCUCUCUGUUUUCGUUUUAAUUUCUCUAGUUGUAGAUUAUUAUCAUUAAAUCGAUCUGGCACACGAAAUGACCUUAAUUACACCGUUCAUAAAUCAACAGGCUGUCCAGUUAGGAAUAUUACAUGUUCCCGGCUGAUGCAUUGGAUCGCUGUAAUACCUAAACAAUUAUUGAACUAGUAAACUUAAAACUCAUAUCACAUGUUUGUUCUGUACAUAUUAUUUAUAUCAAAUUGAUCAUGCCUGUAAACUGGCGUGAAUUCUGUAAAUAUCAAUUUUUCAGAAUAUAAAAUUAUUAUUAUUAUUAUUAUCGAUCGAAUCAAUGACUCGUAAAACCCGUACUCGGUUUAUAUACCAAACAAGCAGACCGCAACGUACGAUAAAAUAGAAAAUAACAUAUGUACACAAAUGAGCCGAAAAGUGGCUGUGAACGCGGGAGACAGUAAUUAAUAGACAGGCCAUAACUCAAGAAUGAAAAAUCAUAUAGUGAUAAUCUAGGGGUCAAAUUAAAGCUUAUAAUAAGUGGAAUAUAAAUACACAUAAUGUAAUUGUUGAAUAAUUAAACAAUAAAAAUAUUUAUAGAAAAUUAGUCCAAUAAUAGUCCUGGGAAGUUACCUGUAGUUUCAUCAUCACUGGGAUAUAACAUUAAUGGUAACAGAAAUAUAUGAGAAUGACCUCAAAACAACAAGUUACAACGUCUUCAGAUGAACCGAGACGAAUAUAUAUGUUCACUAAGAGCAUAUCGGGUGUACCUCAUUCCGACCGGUCGUAUAAAAUGUUUAUAUUCCUCAACAUAAUGACUUACAAUGGAAACAGUUUACAAAAUAAUAUUUUGUCACAUUUUAUCCACUAAAUGAACAUAAAGCUUUCAAUACCCUACACAUACAUUCACGGAUAGACAAGCUACGAGUCAGAUUGUUUGCCAAUAUGAAUAGUGGGGAUUUUCAAUCAGCAACAGAAACCAAGAGGAGUCGCAUAAAAAUUAAUUUUAAUUACACGUCUGACAAUUGUUUGUCGCAUUAUUUUCAUCAUCAUAUUUACAGACUAAAGCAAAUUUGAAUAUACAGUUAAUUGAUUGGCAGUCACCUGACUGGUAUCGAUCGUGUAAAUUCAAAUAUCACUUCUAUGUAUUAAAUAGCAUGCAACGGUCAGAAAUAUCAGUUGAAAGUUGGUCGCUCACUGAACGGCUGUGUAUUUUUCCGCUGCGAAUUCUUGUUCAUAUUAUUAGUACAAACAUUACGAUUAUGGCCGCCAUCUUACUCACCAUGAUUGUUCUCGUCCUAUUUUCGGUAAUGAGAACAUUCAUUCUGCCUAUUGUGUGGAAUAUCAUGACACCUAUUUUACUAAGUAUUUUGAUGAUUAGUGUCAUCAUAAACUCGUCAUAUACUGUGUUGAAUGUUCUCAUAACUGUUACACUAAAUAUUAUGACUAAAUAUUAUAUCAUGUCUGCGACUAUCUGCCUAGUAAUUUUAACUAUCAUGAUGUGUGUUAUAAUAAUUAGGAUAAUAGUUAUCGAAUUAGGGUCUUGUGUAUGCUGACUGUUUUGUCAGCUACCAUGCUGAUUAGUAUAAUCUAAAUGCAGGUUAUAAUGCAAUUUAAAAAUGAUGCUUAUUUGUAUUUUCUAUUUCUUCUCCUUUGAUAGGGGUAGGAUGGCAGGUGACGAAGGAGAAUAUGAGAAGAGAAUACUGAACAACAAUGUGAUUGUAAUGUUGUACAAAUUUGAUUUGAUAUAUAAUAUAAUAUAAUUUUAAAACAAUCCACAUUUGUGUUUUCAAUGUAUUUACUGGUAGAUAGUGAAUGUGGGCAGUAUAGGGAGUGCUUGUAAAAGUCUCAUCACUAGUGAAUUAAACACUCUUUUUAAGCAACUAAGCGACAUGCGUUCUAAAGUCGAGUCAUUUUCUAGCUCUUUAUCAAAGCAUGAUGAUCUUAAGCAAGAACUAAAGACACUAUCACCCUUAAAACUGCUUUUGUCAAAAGACAUCGUUCCUGCGGAACUUGAUGACAUUAUAAAAGCAGAAUCUGUUAUCGAUUUUAUCGCUAGUGAAGUUACCAAGCGAAUAGUCUCUCGUAAUAACGUGAUUGUCUAUAAUAUACCUGACAAAGUCCCCAUUAAAACUGUAAGAAAUUCGAUAUUAAAACCAUCUAACCUCCAAGACAGUCCAUGCCAAUGCAUCCGACUUACUAAGAAGCACCAGAGGCGAGACUCUAAUUUAGGGACGACCUUUGAACGAAUUUUGAGUGACCUUGAGACUAAUAGCCAAUCAGAAGACACCUAGUGUGACGUAGAAAUAUAUUAGAAGAUACUAAUGGAUUACAGUGAACAUACUUAUUUUGCAUGACUUAUAAACUUAUCAAUGUUUGCUUAAGUUUCAGAUGUUUUGAAAUCAUAUUGCAUACGGUAUAAAAAUUCAUAAGUUCCAAGUACCUGUCGAGUAUAUUUACGGAAAUGCUACUUACACAAUCCUACUUUAUACUACGUCCCCUGUUGUAUUUUCGCUUUCUCACUGCCGUUUUAUCUGUCUGCACGAUACAUCCUACUCCUCCGAAUGAUUGGUGUACAAGUGUUAUUUUAGUUGCACGGCAGUACUCAUACCACUGGACUGCUGAAUUUUCAUAAACAACUGCAAACGCCGCAGCCAGUGUUACUGGUGUAUUUAUUACCAAAUUUGCAACUAUUAUUAUAAUCUGAUUCAGUUUCAGUAGUAAUCGAGCAAAGAAAGUCCCCGUUCUAGCAGACUUUCUCCUCCAACAUGAAGGACAACGAAAUAUAAUCUCACCACGGUUAUUUGCAAAUUUUACUGCAGUCAUUUGAUAACCUCAGUCUCACGUACAAGAACUUUUUAGUAAUCCUAUCCCUUGUAGCCUCUCAAUAUUCACCCCUUCUCUAAAAUCCGUUGUAAACCGAUCAUAUGUGAGCAUCAGGUGUUAAACUUGGCUCCGUGACCUU